CCUGGGGUGGGGGGUGGGAGGGGAACCCGCCUUAACCCUUCUGUCACCUCUCUGAUCCUAGUCCCUUCCCCACAGACCGUGGCGGCUGACACCCACCCACGCCCUUCUCAAGUGCAGGUGGCAGAGACCCUUCCAUUCCCCAGGGACCUAUCGGGUCCCCUUUCCCCUCUUGAUCAAGGCUGUUGGAUUCUAGGCCCCUUAGAGUAUUGAGUUCCUUCCCUUCACCCCCUUUUCCUCCCUCUCCUUUCAUAGACCCGGGGUCCAGGCCACCAGUGCCCUCCUUCUUAGGACCCAGGAGUCCCAGAUCUGAGGUCCUUCCUCCCCCAGACUCCAGGAGUUGGGGCCCUCAGCGCGUCCUCCCUCACACCCAGGAGUCUGGGCACCCAGCCCCCUCCUCCCCCAGGAUCCAGAAGUCAUGGCUCAAGGCCGCUCCCAUCUCUAAGUUCCUCAGGCCCUUUCCCUGCUGCGUUCACAUGCAAGGGACGCCUCCUGACCUCCACUCUGACCCUGCCUCCUGUGGGGGGCCUGCUCUCCCCGCCAGUCCAGGUGCCCAUCCCAGCCUUGGCAAUGACCCUGGCAGCUUCCUCCCAGCGCUCCCAAAUCAUUCGCUCCAAGUUCCGAUCUGGUGAGAGUCUUCUCUCUGUGCACGUAGGGAAGGGAGUCUGGGAGUCCGCACGGCGGGGUGACAUGGGAGGGGGUGGUGACACAUGCCAAAGGCAUGUGUUUUCUGUGCAAGAGAUUAUUUAUGUAAAGGAGGCCCCAGCAAAGGGGUGGAGUUGUGGUUGACAGUGAGUGUGCAAAUGGCUGGUGCAAUGCUCACGUGAAUAGUGGGGAAUGGGCGGCUAGGGGUGGGUGUGCAGAGGACCAGGUACUGCAAAGGAACAGGGGCUUAAAUUGACACCUGUGCAAAUCGGAGGAGCGCCCAGUGUGGAACUGUGGGCAAGGGGACAAUGAGCUCUCAAGCCUUGAAAGCGGCAAAGGUUGCAUUUCAGGUCCCAGCACAGGUGAAAAGUGUGCAAGUGGAUACACCUGGAGGUAAAGUCCUGAGUAGACAGAGUGUACUUGAGUGUGCAAAUGAGUCUGCUUCUGUGGUUGGGUGGGUGCGAAGACACCAGUAACCAAAGAGCAAGGAGUGUGCAAAAGAGUGCACGUGUACAAAGAAAUGUGCAAAGAGAGAUCCUUGCUCCACAACUGGGGGCCAAAUUCUGAAUGCGUUAACGUGGCUGGGUGUGUGCCGAGACAGUGAACCUAGGAUGAAGAGUGGCAAAGGGUACCAGUGCACAAAAGUGCUGUAGAUGCAAAAAUAGAGGCCAGGGAAAUGCGUGUUUGAAGGUGGGUGUGCAAAGGGGGCGACUGAGGGGAGGCCCAGAGGUAGUGCAGAAGGGAGUGGGCGUGUGCAAAACGGGGUGUGGGGAUGAAAGGGGGCGAGGUACAAACACUAAGAUGGUGAUUGGGCGGAGGAUGGGGUGGGCAUCAGCUGACGAAGGGGGCAGGUGGAGGAGUUGGGGGCAGGGCUGCCUCCUGCCUGCACCGCUGGCUGGCUCCUGGCCCCAGAACGGCUCUGGCCUUCGGCGCUGUGCUGGCAGGGAACAAGCAGGAGGCCCUGGAAGGGAGCAGGCUGCCCGCCCACCCGCCUGCACGGGGUGUGUAAGGGGGCUGGGCACACGUGUCCCGCCAACAACUGCAGCUCACACUCGCCUGCCAGGCCAGGCUCUUGGACACUCCCUUCCCGCCUUUCUCCUCCCACCUUCCUCCACAGUCCUCCAGCUUCGGAUCCACAGACGCUAUCAGGACACGAGCCUCUCAGGGUCCUUUGCUGCCUCUCCAUUCUCGGAUCCAGAUCCAUGGAUCUCAGCCGCAGACCCGGCUCUGGCUCCGGCCCCAGCCUCACCCUCGAGCCCAGCGCCUUUCCUCUUCAGCCCUGGGGUCCUUCUCCCUGAGCCAAAACACUACCCUUGGCGGUCCCUGAAGAAGGAGUCUUCCAAGAUCUCCCAACAUUGGAGGGAGCCCAAGCCCAAGAAGAACUUGACAUACCACCAGUACAUGCCCCCAGAGCCGAGACAAGGGUCCAGGGCAGACCCCCAGGCUGAAGGGUCGGCCUUGGGUCCCCCUGGACCACCUCCAUGGGAAUGGACAAACUCACAGCAGCCACCUCCUAGGAUGAAGCUCAGUCCCCUCACUCCCUCCCCACCAGGAGUCCCCAGCCCCUCGCCCUCUCCACACAAGUUGGAACUUCAGACUCUCAAACUGGAGGAGCUGACGGUCUCAGAGCUCCGGCAGCAGCUGCGCCUGCGGGGCCUCCCAGUGUCUGGGACCAAGUCGAUGCUCCUGGAGCGCAUGCGCGGUGGCGCCCCGCCCCGCGAGCGGCCGAAGCCGCGGCGCGAGGAAGGUCCGGCGGGUGCUCCCUGGCCUCGCUUCAGGCGCAAGGCUUUGGGAGCCGCUGGGAGGCCGGGCUCGUUGAAGCCGAGUCAGACAUCUCACUCGCUGCCCCCUCCACGUGCCGCGGAAACCCUUGUGACGGUUCCGGCUCCUGCUCCGGCUCCGGCUGCAUCGACGGCUCAGGCUCCAGCUCCAGCUCCAGCUCCAGUACCGAUUCCUUCUUCAGCAGCAGCCUCGACAGCCCUGACACUGGAGGAGGAGCUGCAGGAAGCGAUCCGCAGAGCGCAGGUGAGAGGGAGCGGGCCUAGGGUCUCAGUCAGGAUCAGGCUGGAGUCCCAGGUUCACGCCAGUUCUGCCCGUCCACAGUUGCUUCCGAACCGGGGCAUCAGUGACAUCCUGGAGGAUCAGGUGGAGCCUGAGGACAUGCUGCCCCCCAUUCCCCUGGACUUCCCCGGCUCCUUCGACUUGCUGUCCCCCUCCCCGGACUCUGAAGGCCUCUCAUCUGUCUUCUCUUCCUCGCUCCCAUCCCCCACGAACUCCCCGUCCCCCUCUCCCAGGGGCCCCACCGACUCCUUGGAUUGGCUGGAGGCUCUGAGUGGGGGUCCCCCACUGGGCUGUGGCCCCCCAGCCCCCAGCAUUUUCUCUGCUGACUUAUCUGAUUCCAGUGGCACCAGGCUGUGGGACCUGCUGGAGGAUCCAUGGUGAUGGAUUUUGGGGUUUCCAGGGACUGUGAACUGGUGGGGAUGGAGAGGCCACAGAGAUAGACUCCGUGAGGGAGGGGUUGGAACAACCAGCAGAAUCCCUCCCACCACAGACACAAAAUCAGAGACAACUCUCAUGCCCACCUGGCCCCUGCACUGCUGCUGACAUGCCAACCUCCUGGCUUCUGCCUGACCUCCAUGUGAUCCCCUCCAUGGUUGUGUGGUUGGGGGCAAAGAGGUUUCAUUUGCUGCUGACCAGGGCAAAAUAAGCUGCUUGCUGCUCCCCUCA